UUACCACACCAUCUCGUUAUUCCAUUUCCUUCUCUGCGUCCACGCAUCCCCUCUGUGGUCGCUGAGUGCUGUCUUGCAGACUUUCGUUUGCGUCCUUUCGUUUGACGAUCGAGUCAAUCACUAUCAUUAACGAGCUUCCUGCCGUCUGGCAAUCUCUCAUUCUUUCUAAUUUCCUACUUAUCAAUACUUAAUUCAAUCAUGCGCUCCUCCACUGUAUUUGCCGGCUUAGUUGCCGUGCUGCUUUCGAGCGUCGAGGCUACAGGCCGAAUUGGGCAUCCGCACCAUGCGCGUGGUGACUAUGGCGAUAACGGGGAUGUCAGCUACAGUGACACUGCCGAUUAUGGGCGUCCCGAUCUGAGCCAUGUGUCUCCUACGCCAAGUCCUUCAAAGGACGACUAUGGGUAUGAGAAAUCGCCAUCCGAGAAGGACGAAUAUGGCGAGGCUCCUAGCGACGAAUAUGGCCAUUCAACACACCCACAAGACGGCUAUGCUGAUUCACCGUCCGAGGAAUACGGACAUGGCGAACCUGCUCAUGACGACUAUGGCCAUUCGACUCCCCCACAAGACGGCUAUGAUGAGUCACCGUCUGAGGAGUACGGACACGGCGAGCCUUCUCAUGAUGACUAUGGCCAUUCGACUCCCACUCCCGCUCCGUCGAAUGAUGACUACGGAUAUCCUGGUUCUCCACCAACCCAAGACGGAUAUGACUCGCCGUCCGAGGAAGAGGAAUACGGCCAUUCAGCUCCCACUCCCGCUCCAUCGAACGAUGAUUAUGGUUAUGCUUCACCCUCUCCCUCAAGCGAUGAAGACGAUUACGGCCAUUCGGCCCCUACUCCCACCCCGUCGAAUGAUGACUAUGGAUAUCCUUCGCCUUCUCCUUCAAGUGAUGAAGACGAGUACGGCGAUUAUCCCGGAACCCCAACGCCAUCUCCUUGCAGUGAUGAAGACGAGUACGGUGAUUAUCCUGGCACUCCGACGCCAUCCCCAACUGGUGAAGAUGACAGCUAUGAUGAUACCACGACCGAGGACGCUGGCUACGUUUCUACAACCGAAGACUGCUCUGUCAGCAAAACUGAGACUCCAACCGCAGGCGAGACACCAUUCUCCAGCGAGAGGCCAAGCAGUGAAGCUCCUACCCCUGGUACCUCUGCCGAAGCCGCCUCUCCAUCAGACAGUCAUGAUCACCCCUCCAUCACGCCUAUCCCAUCAUCUAUCGAAUAUUCCCCUCCAUCUGUUGUUACAUCAUGGACGUCGACAAUUACCUAUGUUACCGUCUGCCCAACUGGGUUUUCUACUGUUACCCUGACCACGACUUACACAUCGACCGUUUGCCCCAACUGUGCCCAGCCAACUCCUGCUCCAGGACCUUCAACUAACACCCCUGGAGACAACAAACCAGGAAGCAACACCCCAGGAAGCAACACCCCAGGAAGCAACACCCCAGGAAGCAACACCCCAGGAAGCAACACUCCGGGAAAUAACAACCCCGGGAACGGCUCUAUCCCACCGGGCUUUACCACAACUGUCACCGUCUGCACUACCGGUUGUGCCACAACUGCUACGACCGUAACCCUUACCGUGCCACAGACUAUUACCAUCACUGGCCCUGGUUCAGCCCCUACAGGACCCUCGGGAGCUCCAGGCUUACCUGCUGUUCCCACAAAAAUCACCUCCAUCCACACUGUCGUCGUCACACCCAUCCCUUGUCCAUACCCAGCAGGCCCAGAUGGCAAGUGUCCGACCAGCGGCGUUGCCGCGCCCACGGGAGGCAGUGGAAGCCCGACGUGGAAGCCAAGCGGAACGCCGACUCCGAGUGUAAGCCCACCAAUGUUUACGGGUGCAGCAGGGAGGAACCAGGUUGGUGGGCUGGUGACGAUCGUGCUUGGUGCUGUUUUGUUAUUAUAAAUAAGUCUUGUCGAUGAAUGAGAUCUUGGGAGGAUUCGUGAAUUAUAAUGUAAUUGAUAAACACUGAUAAAUACUAUCUUUCUCUCUCAA